UUCUUUCCAAUUGCCUUACUGAAUGAGGCAUACUUACCAAAACUACCAAACGAAUGUUGAUGACUGAUAUUAAUCACAAUGAACUGAGAGUAUUACUUUUGUUCGCCGAGGAUCUCAAGAACCUUUCACAGAAAUCCACGUGACCGGAAGUUGAAAAGGGUGCAAAUUCCAAACAGUGUUGUUGAUUUCAAAAAUGGCUACUGUGCCAUGAUCAACAGCUUGCACAUUGAUUUUGGUUUAGUUAAGAAAUGAUAUAGAAGAUUUUAUAUUAAUUUAGCUUGAAAUGACAUUUCAAAAUGCCUAGGAAGAAAAAUCAAAGUGCAGAUGCCUCCUCAUCAGGGAGAGAUUCGACAGAGAAAGUACCGAAAGAUAACGAAGUUCAGCUGAGAUGGCGAGAGAACACCCUUGUCGAACUGCAGAAUAUGUUUACCGGUUCAAUAGAUCCUGAAGUUGUUCAGCUGGUACUUUCAGAGAGUAGUUAUAAUGUAAAUGAUGCUGUGGAGAAGCUCUUUGUCCUCAGUGGAAUAGAGCAAGGACAGAUGGAAAGUGAAGCCAUUCCAGACAGUCACCCCUCUAAAUCAUAUAGAACUUCAUCAUCAUCUUUGGAAAAUCAGAAAUCCAAUUAUUACCACGGUGUCUCAAAUGCUGGUCAGUUAACCCAUAAGGUUGACUCCCAUUCUGAUGGACCUCAGGCUGGAGCCUCUUCUGGCAAUUUUAAUUCAUCAGUUCUAAAAAACAGUUCUACACUGACAUCAAAAGGAAAAAUAGCACAUAAUUCACCAUAUAGCACAAGUGGUGAUCAGCAUCAAGGAAAGGUUCCAAGGUCUCUACUACAUUAUAAACCAACAUCAGAAGUGUUUUAUGGUGCAAGUGGAACAGUGUCAUCUGAAGGAGAAGUGUUGCCUGAUGUAUGCACCGAUAAUACAAGCUUUGUUACAUCAUCAGGCUUACCAGAGUUUCCUGAUAAUAUUGCACAGCAAUUUGACAGUUUAUCAAACCAGGCAAACCCCCCCUAUGCUGGGUUAUUGUGUUCUAAAAAACCUACAAUUCACCAAGGAGAUAUGCAAAGUGAAGAUUUAAAACCACCUGCUGGUCUUGAUCAUUGUGAAUUAAAUAAAGCUAAACCUAUAAACUUACCUAUCCAUGAUCAAGAACUUAAAGGAAACUUAGAGUUGUUUAUUAAACAAGAAACACCUGGAAGCACUGGCACAGAGGAAACAAAGAAAAUUUCUUUGGGUUGCAGUGAGAAAGAACCAUUAGAUUUUGAAUUCAACAGGAAACAACAACAACUUGAAAGCUCAUCUCCAGCAGGUAGAACUGACAACACCAAUCCUCGAGUACCAUGCAGUGAAAGUCAGAGGACUUCAAAUUAUCACAAUUAUAAUGAUAACUAUUUAAACUACCAUCAAAACAACCCAAAGACAUCUCUGAAGCACAAUGAGGAUACACCCCAGUUUCAACACAAAACAACUACCUUUCAACAGCUACAACCUCAUCAUGAUGAAAAGAGUAAGUCAAAGGAAACAAUGUCUCAACCACCAGCCGUACAAAGACAAAUUCACCCAUAUCUACCACCUCAAGGAUUCAGUCAAAUGUUAAAUGUCUCGCACCAAAGAUUUCCUUUUAUGCAGGUUAGACCAGCUGCAUGGCAACAAGGAUUAGCGACUCAAAGGUUUCCAGGACAUGUUCCAACCCAAUACCUUCAAGGGCCUUUCUCAAUGCAUCCCAACUUUUCAUUUGGAGCACCCCCCACAGCUGUAACAAGACCAAUCAGACAUGGGUUUGGUGUGAGAGGUCCAUUGUCGUCACCAACUCAGCGAAAACUGCUAAUCCUAAUGAGAGGGUUACCUGGCAGUGGAAAGACUUUCCUUGCACAGAAGCUCAAAGGCCCUCGUGGUGUUGUGCUCUCAACAGACGACUACUUUUAUAGGAAUCACCGUUAUGAAUUUGAUGGUAGCUUUCUUGGAGAAGCACAUGAGUGGAAUCGAUCCAGAGCUAAAACUGCUUUGGAGUCACAAUGGUCUCCUUUGAUCAUUGACAACACCAAUACACAGUCAUGGGAGAUGAAGCCUUAUGUAUCUAUGGCAUUAAAGUAUGGUUACCACAUCAAAAUUGUUGAACCUAACACUCCAUGGAAAUGGAAUGUGAAAGAGCUUGUCAGACGGAAUCAACAUGGAGUGACUCAUGCGGCAAUUACAAGAAUGAAAGAACGUUAUGAACAUGACCUCUCUGUGGAAGCCUUAAAGAAAUAUGAGGGAAAGCCUGACGCAAGGAAGACUGAGAACGAACUUACGACUAAAAAAGCAACUGAUGUAAAAAGUUACAGCGGUGGCCCCAGUUUACAAACUUCUUCCAAACAAACAGGUUCUGGUAACGCUAUUAUGAGACAAACGGAGAGCUCUACAGUCUCCUCAAAUAAAAGAACUGCUUCAAAACAGGAAGAGAGUGGAAAUAUAAGCUCUCUAAAGUAUGCAGAAUGCGUAAACACGCCAUCAGUUGAUGAUAGUGUUCGUGGGCAUACGGAGCUAAGCUCGAGAAGGUUCGAUCGUCCAGAAGAAACUUAUUGUAAAUCAAAAACUGGAAGAAGUGAAAAAAGUGAGUGUAAUUCUAAAAUUCAUGAGAUUGUUAACGCCGGUGAUAAAGGAGAACGGGCAGAUGCUGUAAUUUCAAGUUUUAGUCCUGAGCCACAGCGAGCGCCUCGGAUGAAAAUCAAGAGGUUGUCAAAUACUCAACAGCUUGUCACCACAGAGUUGUCGUCACACGAUAGUGGAAAUAACAAAAGCGAUAAAUUCUGUGGCACCGUAACUUCACAUGAGAAUCACGCGAUACUCCAUGAGAUUGACAAUUCCAGUGAGCAGAAUACACCCAAAAAACACAGUGCAGUAUUUUGUGUUGAAAAGUUAUCAGCACUCGCAUCCUUAGCUUGCACUCGAACGUUUUCUUCGUCUGACCAUAUAAAUAAAACUCUUGAAAAAAGCCAGCGUAGGUUGCAAACGGUGAAAGAGUCAAAGUCAUCACUCUCGCCUCCCUUAGACAGUUCGUUUGUAGGUCAAACUUCUGAUGAAAAUAGGCAUUAUGUUAAGUGUGUCGGCGAGGGACAUGAAAAAGGUGAACGCACUGGCGAAACGUACACAGGAGAAGCCAGUAAGGAAGCGCUUGUUUCAUCAACGGUCAUUUGUGAUGAAUAUCUUGAAAGUGAUAAGUCUUUGCCUCUUAAAAAUAUCCUUGACGAUGACGCCAUUUUCAGAGGUGACAAUACCGCGCCAUCUGGAGAAAUGGAGGGCAAAUAUUUCCCCACACCACCGCCCUUGUCGGAAAUUCUGGUCUCAGCCUCGAGAACGAAGUUGAAAAGUCGUUCAAAGUCCACUAGCAAACCACUGCAGCUAGUUACAGACAACGUGAACUCACUUGUGGAUAAUAGUGAUCAACUGCGUUCUGAAACGGCGCUGGAACAAGAGGUUUGUGAUGGAAAACCAGAUCCAGAAAACAGAACAUUCGAUGAAGAUGUUUCAACUGAUGAACAGAACAUGUCUGAUGUAUCUUGCUUGCUUGAUCCACCACAGCCGAGUUCAUCCGAGAACCCACAGAAUCAGCGGCAUGCUGGGCUGGAGUUUUUAAAAACAUGUUUCCCGGACGUGGACUGUGAUUUAAUAAAUGCGAUUUUGACCGCGAAGGGUGGUGAUUUGACUAAAGUGGUUGACGAAUUACUCGUUCUUUCUAAAGCUUCCUCAGCCGAGUUAUCGACAUUUCCAGCGGAUCCACUUUUCUUUGCCUCCCAGCAAGAAAUCUCUGACUCUUCGAGCUAUGUGGCGCAGAAAUCGUCAAGUCCAACCGAAGAAACAAUGAACACCGCUAGUGCAAUCCAACCACAAAGCAAUUUUGGUGCUGAAAACAACAAACCUCCUGGUAAACUGUCCUCACAAAUGCAUUUGGCGCCAAAGGUAUCGUCUUCAGCCCAGUCUCCGCCUUCAAACGCUGGUUCAUCUUUUCAGCUGUCCCUUGAGCCCGCAGUUGCCUUGCACCUGAUUGAGUUGUUUGGUCCAUUUCCUGGAGUUGACUUCAAGGAGAAUAUAAGUCAAGAAGAUUUAGUCGUAGCUGUAGACAGCUCGUUAGCAAGACAGCUGUACAAAAAAUGGGAGCACACUAUUCAGACAAGAAAGGGGAUUUCUGCUGCUAACGUAGGAUUUAAACACAAAGCGAAAAGGGAAUUAACCGUUAAUAACCAAUUGGGUGGCGAUCAGAUCUCAGCUGAAGGAACCUUGAGAGAGAUAAUGGAUGAACAACUUGCAUUGGAACUCAGCAGAAAUCUGCCUGAUGUGGCUGAGCAAGAUUUGGCUGCGAAACUAAAGAAGCAGAAACUUUUUGAAAUGUUUCCUGGCAUAGAUCGUGUGGCGUUGGAGGAAGUCUUUCAAGCUAAUGGGUAUGAAUUGGCGCCAUCAGUCGAAGCUGUGAAAGCGUCUUGUAAUUUGUCAAGUCAAGACGCUCCUACCACUGUUAUCGCAUCAGGGUUUAGCGGCCGCCUUGUUAAUCAAAAACCAACAAAAGAGAAAAUUGAAGAAGACUGGAGCUGGUUAGACUUGGAUGUGUCCUCUCGGCCAAAAUCAGACUCAUCCUCGUUUCAGACCCUUGAAGAUCCAAGCUACCUGGACUACCGCGCUGAGGCAUUUCAACACUACAAGUCAAGGGAUGAGUGUUUUAAGAAAGCAGCACUGGCCUUUUCCAAGAAACAGGGGCAGUUGGCACAAUUUUAUGCCCAGCAAGGUCAUUUGCACACCGAGAAAAUAAAAGAAGCCAAUGCACGUGCAGCGGCAUUAAUUCUGGACCAAAAGAAUGAGUUGACGGACGAUAACACGAUUGAUUUACACGGUUUGCACGUUACUGAAGCCAUCGAGGCUCUUGAAAAUAUGCUGAGCGAACGAAUUGACUCUUGUGGCAGUCUGGCCAGGAAAGGUUGCAAGUUCAUCAAUGUUGUAACAGGAAGAGGGAAUCACAGCCGCGGUGGUAAAGCCCGAAUAAAACCGGCCAUCACAGACUAUCUCAAAAAACACAACUACAGGUUUACCGAACCACACCCUGGCCUCGUUAGAGUUUUCCUAUAGCUGCAAAGUUUUUAACCAUGCUGACACGAUUGGACGUAACUAUAUAUAUGUUUCUUGCAAGAACCUUGGGUUUAGAGAACGGGUCCAAGUUAUCUUGAUUUGUUCAUUAAAGAAUUCUUUUCUUAGGAAUGAUCGCAGUGAAGACAGAUUUAAGAAAUUUUAAAUACCUGUAACUACAAUUAUCUUAGUGUAUGUGCAAUGUGAAAAAGCAACGUUAUGUAGUGUUCGUGUCUAAUAAAUGAUAUUUUCAUGA